AUGAAGCUUUCGGUUCUUUCGGUCGUGUUGACUUUGCUAAUUGGAAAGUGCAGAGGAAAGGGAAUGGAACCAAGUUUUUUCACCAUCGAUAUGAAUGAUAUCCUGAACGAAAAUCUGAUGCCAGCCACUUUUCUGAUGCUGGAAGGUCCAGCUGAUUCGGAGCAACUGCCAGCCGAAGGAAGAACGGAGUCAGUGGCGAAGGAUGCGCCAAACAGUUUGGUAAACCUGACGCUCGAAGAUGGAACUUUUGGGACGGCGUUUUCGACGAUGGGUUUCCACAGAAAAAUGAUCAACAGCUAUCUGUGCAACGGCUUCGUUGCCAACCAGAUCAUGUCGGAGGUGAUGCCUGGCACUUUCGGAAUAUCCAGACGAGUUGGAACCAGUCUAAUGGUUGCGGAAAAUCCAUCGUCCAAGGAUGCAAUGCUCUUCGAUCAGGGAUCUUCUGGUUACGUUGAUUGGUUGUCAAAAUCGACCACCUUCGACGACAUCUACCGGAACUACCUUUCGCCUUCGAUGUCCGUGAACAACACCGAUCUCUCCAAUCACCGUUCGGACGGGACCCCCAUCUCGAACCCUCGAACCGGUGAGGAGGAGUACUUCGAUGAAGGAGUCAUCACAGGAUACGCCGUUCAGCAAUCCGAUCCCCAUCCGCAAAUUAUGCAACCUGCCCAGCCACCCUACCACGGAGGCUACAACCCGUAUCAACAACCACGCCAACCAUACAAUCCCAACCCAUAUCAACAUCCCAAUCCCCCACCUCCUCAGUAUUCUCCUCAACCGGCCGCCAGUCAAAACCAUCACCACCAGUAUGAACUGCUCCAGGGGGAAACUCCGUACGACAGUGCCCGCGGAGACUACUCCUACCAUCCGGCAAUCGAAUUCGAAGAGAAGAGUAUCGGCAAGGGUCUGGGUCUGAAGGACCUGUUCGAUAUUGCCCUCACCACACUGGCAUUCCUCUCCUUCGGAAUGUUCAUCCUGCAGGUGAUCAUGUGCAUUACGAUGACCAAAAGCGACGCCAACAUGAUGAUGAUUCCGGUUGACGGGGACGUGGACGGAGAUGGGUCGGUGGAAGUGCGGAGAAGAACUGCCCGGUCCCUGCUGGAUAUGGAAAGUGCUCGACUCAGGGAGAUCAACGACAUCGCCCGCCGAGUGCUGGAUUCAAUGGAUGCCGCAGUGUUUGCGAAACGUGACGACGGGCAGUGCGUGCAGCGGGAGAUUUGCGAGAGUCACCACUUUUCGAAGGAGUUGAAGUACACCAGACGGUACUGGAUCGCUGUUUGGAAUUUGGGAGUGAGCUGGCUGACGGGGAACAUGGUUGAUGGGCAGGUGAGCUCCGGAGCUAUUCUCGGGUGCCUGCGAGCUAUGCUGAUUGGAUUGGGAGGAGGAAACUGUGACAAAGUGUAUGCUUGCAAUGGGAUCAAGAGAAGCAAGUUUAAGAAUUAUUAA